AGACGGGCAGCGCCGGGUCGCACCGGAGAGCACGCGGGGAGAGCGGGCGGAGGUCCGGAGAGCGCGCGGGGAUCUGCACUCAGGUACCGUACCGAGGCGGAGCCGCCUCGCGCGAUGCUGGGGAGCGCUGGGUGCGGAGGGGCGCGGUGGGUCCGAGCGGGGCGGGCGGAGGGCGCGCGGAGCUCCGUGCGGCCGCAUCCCUCGGGUCGGCGCCGCGGGGCGGUGGGAGCGGCGCGGUCCGUCCCGGCUCCGCCAGGCGCGGGGCGCCGAACCCCCCCGGCCGCGCUGCGGGAGAUGCCGGCGGGCAGCGAUGCUGCGGGCUGUCGGUCGGGAGCUGCCACAGACGCGCGCUUCUCGCGCCUCGUCUGCUUAUGUGCCGGCCAUGUUAAUGGAACGCCCGUUCCCAAAGGCUGCUGCAGAUUCCCGUUCCCUACAAAACCAUCGCCGCGUUUGCCUCCCCCCUUCCCCGACCUCUCCUCCCCGCUGGGCCCCACGAGGCUUUCCAUUCUCCCGGUUUGCGCUCCUUUCUUCCGUCCGGCAGUUUGCUGCUGCCUGCCCUUCCUUCGGCCGUUCCAUCUCCCACCCCCCGUCUCCCCGCGUCCCGCCGUCCGUGGCUGCACUGAGGUUCAUCAGUCCGUCCCCGCUCGCUGUAACGCACGCUGUUACUCGCAGCCCGGGAUGACACGGGCGGUUCCCGCUAUGGGUUUAUCCAUAGCAUCGCGUCCGUUGCGUUCCCCGCCCCAGCUGCUCUGCGGGGGAGGCUGUUUGCCUUUACAAUUAGCGCCUAAGAACCGGGCUCUUCAAAUUAUCUGCGAUAGUCGGGUGAUGCUUUGGUGUCUUUAUUUCUCCUCGCUGAGCACAUCACCAGCGAGCGCCACGAGCUCGGCUGGUGCGAAAGCGAUGCCCUCGGGUCAGACGAUGAGCUGUUCCUGCGGCUCUCUCCUUACCGAGAAGGAAACGGCUCUUUUAAUCUCGAGGUGAACGCUUUCCUUCGUUACAAACACAACCUGGCAGCAGCAGCCCGCUCUUCUCCGGCAGCACACGGGCAGAUACACCGGGCAGAUACACCCACCACCCUAUCAGCGAUCAGCGCUGUUGCUGAGAAGUGGAUGUGUUCCUCUGAAAGCCGCGGUUGUUUUUUGCCCUGCACCACACCUAUCUCUGUCCGUGCGGACGUGUGUCUGUCAGCAUCCCCUCGGGUGCCCUUUCCGAGCAGCAGUGCUGAGCGUGACUCCAGCUCUAUGUGAGUUAUCCCGCUGCUUUCAGUGCGCUUUCAAAAAUAGAAGUUACGGCGUUGCACUGAAGUGGGAUCCCUGCGUUCCCCGCGUGUCACGGCCAUUCAUUUCAGCCCUGUGCCCACGGCGGUGCUUUCACAAAGGCGUUGUGCCAAUUGUUUCCUUAUUCCGGCCCGUGUCAAAGCAAACCGGCGCUGAGGUCUCCGUGCUUAUUGUUUGCUUAUUGCUGUGCCACACAACGGCUCUGCUCCGCUCUGCCGUGCGGUCGCAUUCCUGCGCGGUGCCUCAGCUUGGCAGGUGUGGCUGGAAUGGCUUCACACACCGCGUGGUGUUCGGGAACCCACCUAACUCUGUGUCUGUCGUCCCCCCCUGCUCACAUCUCCCACCCCACCCUCCCAGCCCCGCUGCAGGUGCUGCUCUCACAGCUUCUGCUUUAUGUUGGGGAACUGCCGAGCUCUGUGUGUUAACAAAGCACCGCUCCCUCGGGGAUAAAUGUUGCGAAACUGAACUCCUCUGUGUCAGCCUGAACCCCUCUGUGCCACCCUUCUGUGGCGCUUUACUCAACAGAAAGCCCUUAAAGCCGCUGUCUGUGGCAGUGUUACCCUGCUGCGGAGCUCUGUCACUGCCUGUCCCCUGUUUGGGUGCUUUUUCCCUCCUCCACCCUCAGCAUAAGGUGAAGGUGAAGGCCUUUCCCUUUCUGCCCAGCGGUGACAACGCGGCCCCUCUGCAUGUAGCGCUCAGCCCGGCUCCCACCGCCACUGCUGGGGGUUGGGUGCUGCUCCUCCUUUUUGAUGCCCACAGGCAAAGGCAGAGGUCUGUGGCCUCUAUUGGUGCUCAGCAUGGAGCACUCUGUGCUUUUCAGUGUAUCCAUCCUCCCUCUAAACUGAGGAUCCUUAUUGUCUUUGUGGCACGUAUCAGUGUCAGCUCGGCUGUCUGCCUUUCGGCUGUGGGGUUCUGUCUACUCCCAGUCUGAUAUGGGAUCUCAGUUUGAAGUUCUCGCUUUCCCUCUGAUGGCCAUUAUUUAUCUCUGGCUGAGGGGGUCACGCACGUUUCUGGGUGUCCCCCUGUUAAAUACAUUCUCCAGGCCGGUAGGUCAGCCUUCACACGGCCACAUCUCUCCCACCCACACCGCUGCCCCUGCAGCACUGCUGUGUGGCAAUGAGGCAGCGGCUGAGCACCACUAUGAGGUUCUUCCCGUUUCCACCUUCGGUUUUUUAUAAUACAGAUACUUCUGUGUAUGCCGAACCACAGCCCCAGAGAUCCCAACAGCAGCGCUACCCCCAAUCAGCUGAAUAUUUCCCGUCCCCCAAGGGGCUGUAUGAAGGGCACAGACUCUUUAGCAGGGUCUGUUGGGAUGGGAUGGGGGAAAAUGGUUUCAUACUGAAAGAGAGGAGGUUUAGAUUGGAUAUAGGGAAGGUUUAACACCACGGGCAGUGAGGCAGUGGCACAGGUUGCACAGAGAGGCGGUGGUGCCCCAUCCCUGCAGACAGCCGAGGUCAGGGGGUGGGCUGUGAGCACUGCUGGAGCUGUGGGUGUCCCUGCUCAGUGCAGGGCUGGCACCAGAUGGCCUUUGGGGUCCCUUCCAACUCCAGCCAUCCCGUGAUUCCUCCUAACUGAGCUUAUAUCAGUUUCCAUGGAAACGGGAGGAUAAUACCAGCAGCACGAAAACACGCGGAUUUAACUGCAUUCGCUGCCGUGUAAACACGUUCAUUACCAAAGGAAGGGCCCAUUUGUGAUGGAGGAAUCCGGAACAAAACCCACCGCUGCUGUGCUGUGGUGCACGCAGCCCUCAGAGCCCGCUGCGGUGUGCCGGGAGAUGGAUGAGGAGAAUUUCGGCCGCGUUUGCAGCGGGGCCGUUCAUUUCUGGAGGGUGAAUCGUCUUUUAAUGCUGAUGCGUUCACGACAACCGGGCGUGGGUUAAAACCGACGAGCGAUGUGUGAGGUUCUGUCUGGAGCGCGGGGCGUUGAGCGGGCGGGGGAGGAGCGCAGCGCGGGCGGAGCGCAGCGGGCACUGCCGGCCCUCACAGCGAGCGGCGCUCCGCUCAGCCCCGCCGGCCCCGCCCCGCCCCGCCCCGCGCCGCCCGGUCACGUCCCUCACGUCUCAGUGCGGCGGCCGCCGGCGCGCGCCCUGCCGGGCUGACUGGCAGCGCCGCACGUCAGCGCGGUGCGGUCACGCGGUGCCGCGGCGUAGCGGGCUCAGCCCGGGCCCAACCCCCCCUUCUGUGAGUGCAGAAUCACGGAGCGGCUCCGGUUGAAGGAGACCUUACCAAUCAUCGAGCUCCGCCCCGUGCCGUGGGCUGGGUGCCCCCCACAGCCAACCCACGGCCUCGGGCGCCUCCGGGGACGGUCGGCACGGCUCUGCGCAGUGCCACGGCCUCACCGCUCUGAGUACCACACGACGUGCCCCUCUGCCGGGGCGGCGCAGGGACCUUUGAGCCCCCAGCGCUCACUGCUGCCUCCAGUCCUGCAUCUCAUCCAUCAGAACCCCACGUCCUUCACGGCGCUGCUCGCAGCCCGUUCUGUCAGUCCGUGUGCUGUCGGGGAUUGCCCCAACCCAGGCACAGCACUCUGUGCUACGUCGUGUUAAACCUCAUUCGGUUCCCAUGGGCCCACUUUUUGAGCCAGGUCCCUCCGGAUGCCAUCAUCCCUUCCACUCAGCUCAGUGCCAUCAAACCGCUGAGGGUGCGCCCCAUCCCCCCGUCACUGUCAAGGAUAAGGAUGUUGGGUGAGGGGCACUACAGACGUACCCCUGCGGGUCUCUGCUCAUCGCUGCCCUCCACCCAUAGACCCACUGACCACAACCUCCGGUUGCGUCCAUCCAACCGAUUCCUUAUCACCAUAUACUCCAGCCAUCAAAUCCAUCUCUCUUCAGUUUAGAGAUAAGGAUGCGGCACAGGGCCAUGUCAAAGGCACAGGUCCAGGUAGACAACAGCACUUGCCCAUCCUUUGUCCACCAGUGCCAUCACCCCAUCACAGAAGGCCACCAGGUGGGUCAGGCACGCUCUGCCCUUGGUGCAACACGAGCAGUGGAUGGCAGGAGCCAUUCCUUCCUGGGGCUGAAGGUUGCUGUGUUCACUGCUGCCAUCUGUUCACAAAGCGUGCUGCUGCUUGAUGGCUUACAGAGCUGCUGGCCUCAUGAAGGCAUGACAUUUUGUACACCUUCUCCUUGCUGUUUUGUUACUGCUUUAAAAAAAUAAAUAUCAAGAGCGUUUUAUGCUCUGUAUCAUACAGACAUCAUUAGGAAAAACAAACCAUUCUGAAAUGGGGACAUACAACCCUAUGUCAGAGAUGCAGCUUCAGACUUUGAUUUACCAGCCCCAAACUUGUGAGAGUGCAGAAACUAAAAAGAUAGGCACCUUUUUAUAUUGUUAUGGCAGUCAGCACAUCGGCCAUCUGCAGUGCCAGACACCUGGAGUCGGGGAACCCUCUUGAGCUGCAUCAUGGGAGCAGUGGUAGUUGAUGAUGGUCCAUCUGGCGUCAAAGCUCCCGAUGGAGGCUGGGGCUGGGCUGUCCUUUUCGGCUGUUUUAUCAUCACAGGAUUCUCCUACGCCUUUCCAAAGGCAGUCAGUGUCUUCUUCAAAGAACUCAUCCGGGAAUUUGGCGUUGGAUACAGUGACACUGCAUGGAUUUCCUCCAUUCUGUUGGCCAUGCUUUAUGGAACAGGUCCGCUCUGUAGCGUGUGCGUCAAUCGCUUUGGCUGUCGCCCGGUCAUGCUGGUAGGUGGCCUUUUUGCCUCCAUGGGGAUGGUGAUAGCCUCCUUCUGCACGAGCAUCGUUCAGAUCUAUCUCACCGCAGGGGUGAUCACCGGUUUGGGUCUGGCACUCAACUUUCAGCCUUCGCUCAUCAUGUUAAACCGUUACUUUGACAAACGCCGACCCUUGGCCAACGGGCUGUCUGCUGCUGGGAGCCCAGUGUUCCUUUGUGCCCUUUCACCGCUGGGGCAGAUACUGCAACAUGAGUAUGGUUGGAGAGGAGGAUUCCUUAUACUGGGUGGGAUGCUGCUCAACUGUUGUGUAUGUGGAGCAUUAAUGAGACCUUUGGAGCCACCCAAAAAAUCUGAAGCUACCAAAGAACCUGCUGAGAAGAAAGCAAAGAAAAAACUCCUGGAUUUCAGCGUGUUUAAAGAUGGUGGUUUUGUGAUCUACACGCUAGCAGCAUCUAUCAUGGUGCUUGGCCUCUUUGUUCCCCCAGUUUUUGUUGUGAGUUAUGCCAAGGAUUUAGGGUAUCAGGACACCAAAGCAGCUUUUCUUCUGACGAUUCUGGGAUUUAUUGAUAUCUUUGCUCGUCCAAUUUGCGGAAUGGUAGCUGGUCUCAAGUGGGUUAGACCACGCUGUGUCUACCUCUUCAGUUUUGCUAUGAUUUUUAAUGGCUUUACAGAUCUCAUGGGCUCCAUGUCUGUCGAUUACGGUGGCCUGGUGGUCUUCUGCAUUUUCUUUGGCAUUUCUUACGGAAUGGUAGGUGCUCUUCAGUUUGAAGUUCUCAUGGCUAUUGUUGGCACUCAGAAGUUUUCCAGUGCUAUUGGCUUGGUGCUCCUGGCAGAAGCGAUGGCAGUUCUAAUCGGUCCGCCGUCAGCAGGUAAACUCUUGGAUCUAACACGGAGGUACAUGUUUGUCUUUAUUAUUGCUGGAAUUGAAGUUACCACCUCAGCGCUGGUACUGGCCUUGGGAAAUUUCUUCUGCAUUAAGAAAAAACCAGCAGAACCACACACAAAAGAAGCAGCAGCAGAAAGAGAGGAAUUAAACAAAUCUGAAGACAAAACUCCCGAGGAUGCCAAGGUGGACUCCAUUGAGGUGGAGCAGUUCCUAAAAGAUGAGCCCGAAAAAAAUGGCGAGGUCGUAACUAACCCAGAAACCUGCGUGUGAGCACGGCACAAAGCCCACACAGCGUUUAGAAGAGGGUCAAACAGAAUUUCAACACUAUUUAUUUUAGAAAUAGAACUAGCUUAGGGCUGGGCCGUCUGCGUUAUUAACUGGAGGCCGGUCAGCUCAUCAGGUCUCUCUGGAAGCUGAUUUACUAAGACAACCUUUUAUCAGAAAAUUAGCUUUAUCAGUGAAAGGUGAAACAUUGUGGUUAUACUUUUUAUGUAAACAAAAAAAGCUUUUCUGAACACAAGUAGAGUCUUGCCAUGCAUCACCAGAAACUGCUCAUUGGCAUGGAUAGAGGAAGGAUAUAUUACGAGUAUGUUUUCAGAUAAUACGGGUGAAAUUGCUGUGUUCUGUGGCUAAAUGUAAUUUCCCUUUCUGUGCUUUUUGGGAAGGGGAAAGAGUUUGAGAUGGAGAAAAAUCUCAGGAACUUAAAGGUCUCCAUUAGGUCUUUGAAUUUCUUACUUUUUUUAGACUUUCAGAUUAAUUGGCUCAGCCCUAGUAUAAUUUUGAUAAUACCUGUUACUUUGGUUUAUGCAAAUGUAUUUCUAUGAGUUUUGUCUAAACCUGUAGUCUUUAUAAUUGUCAUCUGGAAACACUGUACACAGAAAGGCACAUCGCAGGCACUGUCCUCAGCAGAUCACACAAGCCCUGUUCCUAGGGAAUGCUAAAAGGAAAAUAAAAUGAGUAGACUCUAUCCCAACAGACAAUAAGCAAAGUUCAUCUCUGUUCAUAUACACUGCUCUCAGUACAGUUUCCCUGCAACACUGAAAAAUAUUACAGGUAUCAUCCAGAUGGACAGGAGGCUUAGUAGAAUCUUCUGAAAGUGUAUCUGUUUUGUAUAUACAUUUUAAUUGUCCAGAUUACAUCUAUCAGACAUGGGGCUACAGGGUAACUUAGGGGGCAGGUUGGGACUACUUUGAAACACAUUACUGUUACAUCUUUAAUAUGCAACGUCAGCAACGCAGGAAAAACUUGAUGGAUUUCUACCUUUAACGUUUAAUUUACUCCUCUUCCCUCUGCUUUAAUUAUCUAUAGAAGUUCAGAGGGCCAUUCUGGUUGCUUAAGAUGAUGGAACUGCUGAUCACAUUUAUGACAGCACUAAAUGAGAGCUCAUCAAGCGCUGGGCCUGCUCUGCUACCUGUUUACUAUACAAAGGCUCUGUGUAGUCCUUACAUCAUGUCUGAUGUCAAAUGAGGGAAGGGGAAGUAACACAAACAGAUCCGACAAGGCAGGGGUUGGAGAAAUGCAGAAAGGGAAAAGAUUCACUGUGAGGAUUUUGAAUAGGAAAGGAAGGUAGAAGGAAGACAUUCUCUAUUACAUGUAUAAAAAAAUAGAGUAUAUUGUCUAUUCUACAUUUUUUUUCCCCACAAACAUAUUGAAAACAUGUAGUAUUUUCUAUAAAAUGAUGCUAUUUCAACCCAGUUUUCAGAAACGUGUAUAAAAAGCCCUGUGGGAUUUAUGAGUGCAGUAAGAAUCUUCAAAAUAGGCUUAAUUGUAAUGGAUUCUAUUUUCUUCUCAGGGGGGAUUCUAAGGCAGUAUACGGAAGAAAUACGAUCAUGAGUUGUCCCACAUGUGGUCAUUUUAGCAGAUACAGUACAACCAAAGAAGGGCCAAAACCACAACCCAUGGGAUUAUUUUGGAUACCAGCUUCCACUCUGCUAAUUCCUUCACAAUGAUUUUGCAUUGUUAGGACAAAUUUAAACCUUAGGAACACCAUUUUAUUUUUCGGUAGCGAUUUUACACAGAAACGGAUGCUGCACUCAAUAAAAUGUUUAUUUUUUAUAUUGGA